AUGGUCAAACGCUGUGCUUUAUGCGGAGUUGUGGACAACAUCGAUGACGUUUCCGUACACAGAUUUCCAACUGCCGUACAUCGUCGUAUUGAGUGGGUGGCAUUUGUGGUGGACCAUGGUUUUCCCGUGAACCAAACAUCUCAGCUGUGUUCGAGGCAUUUCGUCCCCGGUGUCGACUACGCUGUGGGAAACGCGCGGCGCCGCCGUCUGUGGCCCACGGCAGUGCCUUCUUUGGUGCUUGGGGAUGUCGAGAUGGAAGAAAGGGAGGACGUGGAGGUCGUCGGCGUCCCAGUGGAGGGUGUGGAGUACGUGGAAGUCGUUGGCGUCCCAGUGGAUAUAGGGAAUGAUGUGGAAGGAGUGGAGGUGGUGGAGGACGUGGAAUUUGUUGAGGUACAGAUGGACGGAGGGGAUGACGUGGAAGUGGUAGAAGUGCAGAUGGACGAAGUGCAAGCGGAACUGGAGUUUGUGGACAUGCUCGACGAGUUGCAGCCAGACGUCGACGAAGAGGUCAGUAAAUAUUUCCGACCACUUGCCGUGGGUGAACAACCCCGAGGGCGUGCGCCAAUAAUUGACAGGCAGGCAGGCGUGACACACCCGCUUCCAGAGCAGCACAACGCGGGCGCGUUAAACAGAAUCUGCACACAGUGUAACGCCCGCCACUUCGAAGGCGAGGUUGUGGGCCGGGAUGCCAAUAGGCACUUCUCCACUUGCUGUAACAACGGUCAAGUGACCGCUGCAGGACAGCACGCGUUGUUGCCCGCCCCUUUUUUACUAAUGAGUUUGUUGAUUGGAGAUUCACAGGAUGGUCGUAGAUUCCGAGACGACAUCCGCCGGUACAACAACGCCCUGGCAUUCGCUGCGUUUAGCUGUGGCACAGACGACAGGCGUUUGCGAGGGCGUGGACCGCGAACGAUGUGUAUCCAAGGCCAAACUUAUCAGAGGAUAAAUAAUGACGUGGCCGUUGACCGAGUAGAUGCCAACUACUGUCAGUUGUAUUUCCUCGAGUCCGCAGAGGCCAACGCCCGCCGCGUUGGGAUGGCUCUGCAGAGAAAUCAUCGUGAACUGUCUGUAGUUGUGAUGGGACUAUUGGACGGUUUUCUGCGGGACGUAAAUCCGUACGCAAUGGCUUUUAAGAACAUGCGUGAGGUGUGGCUGGCAGAAAGAGACCUAGCCGACGCCGAUCCUGCAGGUGUGCGACCUAGGCCAGUGACGAUGCAUUUUGUCCGAGAUGCGGCCCGGGACGACGGGCGAAACAACCUGCCUACCGCAAACGAAGUUGCGGCCGUGUUCGUAGGCGAAGGGGGUCGUCCGCCAAGAGACAUUAAUCUGGUCAUCUACGAUACGAAUCCAAUCAACCCGCAACACAGGAUGCAAACCAUACCAGCGGGUUAG